UGCGGGAGCUGCGGGCAGCCAUGGUGCGGAUCACUGAAGAUCUUGUUAGAAGACGUGCAGAACAUAAUAACUGUGAAAUUUUUUCACUGGAAGAAAUCUCUUUACAUCAGCAAGAAAUAGAAAAAUUAGAAUACCUUGACAAAUGGUGUCGGGAUUUGAAAAUUCUCUAUCUUCAGAAUAACCUAAUUCCAAAAAUUGAAAAUGUGGGCAGGUUAAAGAAGUUAGAAUAUUUAAAUGUUGCAUUGAACAAUAUUGAAAGAAUUGAAAAUUUGGAAGGCUGUGAAGAACUGAAGAAGCUUGACUUGACAGCAAAUUUCAUUGGUGAACUGUCCAGUGUCGAAACCCUAAAAUAUAACAUACAUUUGAAGGAACUGUUUCUAGUGGGUAACCCAUGCACUGAAUUUGAAGGUUAUAGACAAUUUGUGGUGGCAACACUUCAUCAAUUAAAAUAUUUGGAUAGUAAAGAAAUAGAACGUUCGGAGAGAAUUCAAGCACUUCAAUACUAUCCAGAAGUGAAACAGAAAAUCAGAGAACAGGAACAAGCUUACCUUCUCAAAAGAGCCAAAGAAAAAGAAGAGGCUCAAAGAAAGAUGCAUGAAAGAAAGGAUAGGAAAGAAAAACAAAUGGAAGCUGAGCUUGGACUUGACAGCCCAGACUCCCUACAAUACAAAGAAAAUUAUCAGACAGAAGGAGAACAACAAAUGUGGAGAACAGCUGAAGAUGAUGAAGAAGACAGAAGAUUUUGGGAGGAGCCAACACCAUAUACUCCAGAAUCUAGAUUAGAAACUCACAGAUAUAUUGAAGAAAAAAGGAAAGCUAGAGACAGUAUAAGAGGGUCAAAAACAAGAGAGAAGCCUCUUCCAAAAUUGGUCACUGCAGAAGGAAAAGUUCUGAAUGUCAAUAUGCCUAAGCUUCAUUUCUCUUUGAAAGAUGAUGAAGAAAACAAUCAGUUCAUCUUGGAUCUUGCUGUUUACAGACAUCUGGACACUUCUCUGCUUGAUAUCGAUGUCCAGCCAACUUACAUACGAGUACUGGUGAAAGGAAAGACAUUCCAACUAGUGCUCCCUGAGGAAGUCAAGCCAGAUAGCAGCUCUGCUAAAAGAUCACAAACAACUGGUCAUUUAGUUGUCAGCAUGCCAAAGGUUAAAGAAAUAAUCCUGGCUAAGCAAAAAUCAUCAACUUCAGUCAAACCAUCUGACAGCAACACGAUGUACAGAAAAAGUACAAGAAGCAAACCAGUUGAGAAAUUAGAAGUGGAUCCUGACAAGUAUUCAUUCCCAGAUGUGACAAAGAUAAUCCCAGAAAAGGAACAAAUUGGACGAGGACCUAUUAAGCUACAGCCAGAGAAGAUUACAGAGACAGUGAAAAGCAAUGUUGAUUUUGAAAAUAAUGAAGAAGUACCUCCCUUAAUUUGAAAGAUUCUUUAUUAGUCUCUCUGUUUGUAGUCUGUAUACCUGAGUUGUUUUCAUGAUCUGA